UGGGGCUGCUUGGCUUAUGUGCAUGUGCAGAGGGACAAAAGGGAUGGAUUUGGAUCGCAUAUGGAGAAGUGCGUGUUUAUUGGGUACCUUGAUGGCUACAAGGCGUGGAAGUUCUACAAUCCUGCGACUCAGAAGGUCAUCAUUUCGGAAAGGGCAGACUUUGAUGAGCGAUUCUUUCCUGGGACUCGCCACUUUGAUGCUAACACCCAGACC